AUGCUCAUAGCACUCUCAGCUAAGAACAAGCUGGGAUACAUUGAAGGAGACUCAACCAUUCCUUCAUCUGAUACUCCUGAGUUCAAGUUAUGGAGUAGAUGUAAUGAUAUGGUAACUUCCUGGCUGCUGAACUCUCUAUCAAAAGAGAUAGCAGGAAGUGUUAUUUACUCCAAAUCUGCAAAAAAGCUAUGGAAAGACCUUGAAGACAAUUUUGGACAACCCAAUGGAGCAUUACUCUACCACUUGCAAAAGGAACUAGCUGAUUUAGUGCAGGGUUCAUCAGACAUUGCUGGUUAUUGCACAAAGAUGAAGAAAAUCUGGGAUGAGCUUGACACUUUAUACACCAAAGUGACAUGCUCUUGCAACUAUAACUGUGGAGGUAAGGAAAAAAUGAACAAAGCUUUGCAAGAUGAAAGGCUAGUUCAAUUUCUCAUGGGCCUCAAUGAUGUGUAUGCACCUGGAAGAAGUAAUAUUCUCAUGAUGUCACCUUUGCCUAGUGUAAAUCUUGCUUAUUCACUCUUGAUGCAAGAUGAGAAACAAAGGGAAAGUUUUAUGAACACUCACUUUCCUGGUAACUCUAGUUCUUUCAUGGCAGCUCAACAAAACCCUAUGAUAAAUGCUAAUAGUUCUGUUCCUGCAAACUCUAACUCUUUUAUGGCAAGUCAACAGUACCCUAUAAUGCAGAGGACUUCUAACUCUGACUUUAGAGGAAAGAAGAACAAUUUAGUGUGUUCAAAUUGCAAGAAGUCAGGUCAUUCAGUGGACAAAUGUUACAGGAUCAUAGGGUUCCCAGGUGACUUCAAGUUUACUAAGAGUACCAAGAAUCAAGGAGCUGUGAAAGGAAAUGCAGCAAUGACAACACCUGGACAAAAUGGUGGUGAAACUUCUCAGGGAGGAAACAAUUCCAUCUCCCAGGAUCAGUUUUUGCAAAUGAUGCAGUUGUUCCAGAAUGCCAUACAGAAUACAACAUCCUCAGAUGCUCAUGCAAAUGUCAUUCAGUGUGCUGGACCUUUCAAUGAAGACCCCUCUGGUUCUUGGUGA